AAGUGGCGGGGGAGAAGCCGACGCAGUAAAAGUCCUUCUUCUUCUUCUGUUUCCGUUUCUUCUGACUCUUCACCUUCGUGAUUCGGAAACGGAGGAAAAGAAGAUAAGAAGAAAACACGGAGAAUCUGCGGUCUCUUCCCAGCUCCAUUGGCUCUCGCUCUCUCUCCUCUCCAGCAACAUGGACCAUAGCAACAUGGACCAUAGCAACAUGGACCAUGGCCACCAUCACAACACCAUGGCCCCGCCCACAACCGGCGGACACGACCACGGGGGCGGAGUGACUGACGGGGGCCAUGGAGGACACAUGAUGGGGAUGGUGAUGACCUUCUACUUUGGCUGUGAAAACGUCGAGCUGCUGUUUAAAGGACUUCUCAUCAACUCAGUGGGAGAGAUGGUCGCAGCAUGCAUUGGUGUCUUCCUAUUGGCCGUCCUGUACGAGGGACUGAAGAUCGGCCGUGAAGCGUUGCUGCGUCGCAGUCAGGUCAACGUGCGGUACAACUCCAUGCCGCUGCCAGGGGCUGAUGGGACCAUGCUGAUGGAGACGCACAAGACGGUCGGGCAGCGGAUGCUAAGCCCCGGCCACUUCCUGCAGACGCUGCUGCACAUCAUCCAGGUGGUCAUCAGCUACUUCCUGAUGCUCGUGUUCAUGACCUACAACGCUUACCUGUGCAUCGCCACGGCGCUCGGUGCCGGGAUGGGCUAUUUCCUGUUCAGCUGGAGGAAGGCUGUGGUCGUCGACAUCACCGAGCACUGCCAUUAGCUAACAAGCUAAUUAGCAUAGUGCCGGGAGGUUUAAUUUCUGCUGAUCACAAUCGAUAAAUGGUAACAACUACUCUCAUGUUUUGUGAGUGCUAGCCAACGUGCUAUUGAAACUACAGAAUACCAGAAUGGUUCAUCAUUUUCAGCUAUCACAUGAAACACUAAAUUCAUAAUAACACCUUGUUGUAGGAUAGCCUUCACUCUUAAAAACACAAGUAGAGACCUUUGUUUUUCCAGAAAACUAAAAUCACUUACUAUUGACCUUUCUGCCUAACGAGUCAGCCAAUCAGAGCUUGGAUCACAUUAGAAAGUUCUGAUUGGCCAGAUCAACAUUUCUUUUAAUCUUUUUUUUCUGUGCCAUGUCAACAGAUUAGCGGCUGUUAGCCAAAAUGUACGUAGUUUACAUACACUUCUUUUAGUUAGCAUCGUUGGCAAAUUAUUUUAAGAGCCAAUCAUAGCAAAGUAUUUAAAUAGUUUGAUUAAUUUAAUAUGCACAUUAAUAAUAGGAAAACAACCUUUUUUUUUAAGGGUUUUUUUUCUGAAAAUGUAAAAAAAACUAACAUGACUCCCUAGUUUCAUGAAUCAACACAACUAAACUUCAUUUAAUAAUCAGAGCAACAGAGCAACAACAGAACAUCAGACGUUAAACUAAACUGGAAAUGUAAAUCAUUUUCUUGUUGACACCAAAUGUUUAUUUACACUUUUUUAUAAAAACAUUUUUAAAUUAAUUAUUUGUCCACUUUGGGUAUGAGAAUCUGACUGGUUGGUGAGUCAGCCAAUCAGGGCUUGGAUAUUUGUUCACAUCUUCACUGACAAUUUCCCUAGUUUUCUUCUUUAAAACUUUGAAACACGAGUUUACAUUAACACACGGUAAAUAUCUUAAUUGAUUCAAUUUACUGGUGUCUUUUUUUUUUCUGAGCCUUAAACUCGACACCGUUUGCCUUAAUGUGGCCAACGAGUUGAAACGUCCUGAUGUUCGAUGUGCUGUGACUGGAGGCCAGUGUCCGAUCUGUAGCUGCUGCUUAUCAAUGUCAACAUUAAAAUCUGUCGUUAACGUGUCGUUAAUUGUCUGCUGCUCUCGCUUCACUAUCACCUGACAACGUUGGUCUCUUAUCUUUAGCUUUGGAUGAGAUGUCGUUCAUGGCAGCGUCAGAUGUUGUGAUAUGUUGUGAUUAUUUUAAAUAAAUCGUUUCACUCUGAGAUAGGUGGAGUUUACUUAAUGGACCAAUGAGAUUACAGGGACAGUUAGGUUACUGGAUUUCUAUUUCGUGAGUCUGCUUACUUUGGGCCGUUAUCAGGUGUCCACAGUGGGCAGUUGUAUUUUGAUGAAGGGUGUCCAUGUCCUCUUGUCCAGGUGCUGUUGUUGUGUGAGGGGCCACAUCAGGUUUAAUGUCACGUCUAAUGUCAGGUUUGAUUUUCUCGUGUGAAUUGACUCGUUGAGACUGGAUCAUGAUUAAAACAUGAAAACUUGUGAAGGAAACUUUUAUAUCUAAGUCUGAAAAUGUUCUAAUUGUCCCAAAUGCUGGAAUAAAAAAAGUUAAUGAAGAAUGUCGUCAUCAGCUUCUGUUUUGGGGAAUAAAUGGGUUAAACUAGAGGAAUAUUUGAACAGGAAAAUGUCUAAAUAAAGGCUCCAGUUUCUCAAUGAAUAGAUAAGAAAAAGGUUUGUAUGAAACAGGAACAAACUCAUUGAUGCAUAUAAGUGUUUUGGUUCAUGUGUGUAUUAAGCGAUAGCUACACUGAAAAUAAAAAUAUCAACAUUUA